AUGGCCACCUCGGAAGUCUUAAACGAGAUUUUGGCCUUAAAGUCCAUCUUUUGUAACCCUGGGGAGUUUUAUUUGAUAAAUCCGUCCUCGUUAGACGAUAUUGAAGAAACUCAAGGACCGAUUUCUUUCAAGAUUGUUGUAAAAUGCCACCCAGAGCAAGAUCUGACCACGGUCGCGAACACUUCAGAAAACGAUAUUGCCAGAUCCAGUUUUUCUGUAGAAAUGACUGUUUCAUUACAGCCAGAUUAUCCUGGAACGUUACCUGAUAUAUCACUUUCAUGCAUGGGAAUGACUAAGAAAAGUUUAUCAUCUUUAAAAACUAAUUUAAUCGAGUAUGCGACAAGUCUUCUCAUAACUAGCUCAGAGGCAAUUAUGAUGGAUUUGACAAUCUGGCUACAAGAAAAUGCAAGGUCAUUUUUAGACAAACGGGAACUUAACAGUAACAGAAAAAUGCCUACCCCGAGUAAGUCCAUUCUUUUACUUAAGCUGGACCACAUGCGGAAUAAAAGCCGAUAUACCAGAACGAUAGCUCGUUGGGUGGACAAGCUAAAGUUGUCUGGAAGAAUAUUCUUUGCUGGCCAUUUGAUAUUUCUCUUGUUAACGGGGGCGGCCGAGAGCGUCAAGGAAUACUUGCGAAGACACAAAACUUGCAAUGUGGACGUUGAUUCAUCGGGAAAGCCGUGUAAAGAAAAAAUGAUGAAUAUUCUGAUGCAUGAACAAGAUUUAAUUAAUUUGAGGUAUGAAAUCAACACAUACACAGGUUAAUUUUACCUGCAUAAAUAAAAUAGAGGUAAUGUAUGGACAGUCACUCGUAAGCAAUUAAAGUUGAGCAAGGUUACGCAAGGCCAACUUCAGUGUUGAACAAGUUCUCUUUUUUCUACGUCACAAAAUUCAGGGAAAAUCUUGGGUUUUUUAGCAAAGUAAGGGAAACAUCAGCAAAUUUUAUCUUCACAGUUUCCUUACAACGUAAAAUGCAAAAAGAAACCAAUUCAUGUGGAAAACAUUAAUUAAUCAAUUUGAUACAACUCCAAAUCCCAUAAAAAGGACAAAUCCCAAAGGUUAGCAUUAAAUAACCAAGAAUAUUAAUGGCCUGUAAAUGGGGCAAAAAAACAACAACAACAAUGUUCAACAAAGAGAAAUUCAGGCAGUGUAGCUACUGUAUAGCGAGAAACUGAAUGUUGGCCACUCUAAGGAGAAAAAGGUUAAAGAAGUUGAAGAAAUGUAAAGUGUAAAGUUCACUGAACAUCAGCAUUUGGGUAUAUGGAACUCACUUCAAUGCUUCGCUUACGUGAUCACCAAACAAUAGAAAGUCCCAGUGCACAAUUCCCAAUGCCCAAAGCAACCUUCAUUGUAUCAGCUAUAACAAUUUAUUACAUUCUUCUUUCUUUUUCAGCAUUUGUGACUUUUGUGAAGUUGAGUGUAAAUCUCCCUCAGAGCUUGAGGUCAAAUUUGCAGAGAUGGAACUUGAACAUUUAUUCAAAGAACAUAUACAGCCACUGCUAUAG